CCGGAGCCAAGGUCCUUUCCUGAGGCUUACUGACAGGCAGGAUGCACGGGCACCCACACCCCGCACUGGUCGAAGCUUGAUGACUUGUGGAUUCUGCUGGAUCGGGGUCCAGUCGAAGUGGUUGAUGGUUGAUGGUUGAUCUGUGGGCUUACGAUUUGUGAACUCCCAAACCAUCACCCUGUCGCAGCAUGUCUGCUAACCCGGACCCUUCUCCAACCCAGUCGCCCUCGAUAUCACUACCAGGACAAUCGCGUCUGCCCUCUGCCUUAAGCCAGCCAGCAUCGCUUUCGUCUGCGCAGCCUCCCGUCCAGUCAUCGCCAUCUGCAUCAUCGCUCCCGGUGCCAGCCUCCGCACCGCUACGCGACCCUCACGGUCGUGUCCUCAAUCCUCGAUCAUGUGUGACAUGUCGUAAGCGCAAGGUCAAAUGCGACAAACUACACCCGUGUUCAAAUUGCGCUCGCGCACACAUCGAAUGCGUCUUUCCCACCCCGGGAAGGGCCCCUCGUAAGCCACGCAAAGUCAGCGAUUCGCGAGAUGCCGAACUGCUGGCCAGAUUGCGUCGUCUGGAGGGUGUCGUCAAAGGCCUUGGUGUAGAUAUUGCAAACCCUGAUUCGCUCCCCGACCCGCUGCCCGAGUCCGCGGUAGAGGCUGCGCCUUUGGGGUCUGGCCCAUCGGAUACCCACGAAGCGACCCUUCCUACUGUUCGCGAGUGUCCAAAUCCGCCGGAUCAGACACAGACCAACAAGCACGGCAACGAUGAUGACGAGUGGGCUGCGAAGAAUCGAUACAUAGACGAAUCUCGCAGUGCCAAAUUCGAAACCAGAUUUGGCCGUCUGGUCAUCAAUGAAGGCCGUUCGCGAUAUGUGAACAACUCCUUCUGGGCCAACCUCAGCAACGAGGUAGAAGAUCUUAAGGGCAUAUUGAACCAGAACACCGACGAUGAGGGCGAUGAUCCGUCUCCAGUUCAAACUCUUCCCGAUCAACACCAUGGCUGGAUCUUUAGUUUCAGCUCUCAGAAUGUCGACCUCCUGUCUUUGCACCCUAUUGCUGGUCAAAUUGAAACUUACUGGAACGUGUACAAGGAACGUGUGGACCCUCUCGUCAAGGUCUUGCACAUACCGACCAUCGAGCCUACCGUUUUAGCUUCAGCUUCUCAUCUCGCCAAUCUAUCGAAGAGUUUCGAGGCCUUACUAUUUGCCAUAUACUACGGUGCUACUACUAGUCUUUCAGAAGAGGAUUGCAUAAACAAGCUAGGUGAAGAGAAAGGUCUUCUUCUGUCUCGCUAUCGAUUUGGUGUUGAGCAGGCUCUUGCUAGAGCAAAUUUUCUUACGACCGAAGAAAUGAUGGUGGUGCAAGCAAUAGUGAUAUUUUUGAUUUGUCUACGCAGAAACAAUGACGCGCGCGUCAUCUGGACAUUAACAGGUCUUGUCGUUCGCAUUGCCCAAACUCUUGGUGUGCAUCGAGACGGUCUGCAUUUCGGACUGCCGCCGUUCGAGAUUGAGAUGCGCCGACGUCUGUGGUGGCAGAUAUGUAUUCUCGAUGUACGCGCUUCUGAAGACCACGGCAGCGAUCCUACUAUCACCGAACAAGCCUUUGACACCAAGAUGCCACUCAACAUCAAUGAUGAGGAUCUGGAUCCUGCUAUGACUCAACUACCUGCUGAGCGUCGAGGCUGUACAGACAUGUCAUUUUGCCUAAUCAGGUUUGAAGUCGCCAACACCUUCCGUCGCCUCAAUUACAUUCCGCCUGGCGAACCUAGACAAUGUGGAGAUUUCUUUGCUUCAGUGACUCUCGAGGACAAGGAGCGCUGGAUCAACGAAUGCCACAAGCGACUUGAAGAAAGGUACCUGCAACACUGCGACAUGACAGUUCCCAUCUAUUGGGUUUCUGCCACGGUCGCUCGUCUGAUGAUGAGUAAAAUGUGGUUGAUGAUUUACCAUCCUUAUCAGAGAAAGGACGGCGGCAAGAGUCUUUCGGAGGAGACUCGAGAGAAGCUCUUCAUCACAAGUCUGGAGAACAUUGAAUAUUCACUACUAAUGGAAACCGAAUCGCGGACAAAGAAGUGGGAGUGGCUCUUCAAAACAUACAUGCAGUGGCAUGCGCUGGCCUUUCUCUUAGGUGAGCUUUGUCAUCGUACGACUGGAGACCUGGUCGAUCGUGCGUGGUCGUCGGUGGAAAGAUGUAUCGGAGCGAACUGGAGAGAGACAGCUACGAGAGAUGGCUCACGCAGUGGUCAUCUGUGGAAACCACUCAUGAAGCUGCUUGCCAAGGCCAGAAUGGCGAGAUUCCAAGCGAUCCGGAAAGACGAAGAGAUCAAGCAAGCGACGCCGCCAGGCACAUCUCCGGUCAUGCCCAAACCACGCAUGGUUAGAGCCCCACUCAGUGCAGCGCAACUGUCUCGCUUCAUGCGCCCAGCCGCAUAUGGCACACAGCCCUUGGACUCGACGGAACUCAUGAACUCACCGAAAGGUCAGGAAGCAGUGAUCAUGACCGAAGAUCCAAUGGACAUUUCGCUUUCAGCCCCAGAAGCUACGCCAAGCUUGGAGCAGACCACAAUGGCCAUGGACACCUCCUCAGGCAGCUCUUCACAACGGAACUUUGGCUCUUUUAGUGGUGCGCCUUAUCAAGGGCCAUCCCCUCAGGCGACAGCGACCAACAACUUCCAGGCGACGAGCCAACGAGCUCAAAGCAUGAAUGGCAACAACAACAACAACAACACCACGCCUCCUGCAUUUUCACCACUCGAUCCUGCAGCCGACAUCGACUGGCAGAAUUGGGAUCAGCUUGUACGUCAAUUCGGGCUUGAAGACAAUGCAGCAGUGCUAGACCCAACAGCCGGCCAGUCUGUAAAUUGGUCUGGCAAUUGGGGCAGUGGAAACAUCAGCAGUGGCGGCUGGUUCUAGUGUUGAUGCCUGCGUGUUUCCUGUUCCUUUUGCUCGCGGAAUGUUGUUGCAUCUGAUUUGAAGAUAUCCCCUCUCGUCACUAUCGCUUCGCAGCCUCG